UAUGGUUUUUUGAUCUGUGAAUCUCGCUCUACAGUCUUCUUUCUAGGAACUGCUGUUAAAGUUUAAGAAGCAUGGACCAGUAUCCAGAUCUGCAGGAAGACCUGAGUCUGGAGGAUACCAAUGAAUCCCUUAAUCAGCUCAAAUUGGCUUCCCUAGAUGAUAAGAACUGGCCAGCAGAUGAAAUGCCUAUUUUCCCCAAAUCAGAUGACACCAAGAGCUCCCCUGAUUCUGUCACUCACCUGCGAUGGGAUGACCCAUACUAUGACAUUGCUAGGCACCAGAUUGUCGAAGUAGCGGGUGAUGACAAAUAUGGGCGGAAAGUGAUUGUGUUCAGUGCCUGUCGGAUGCCUCCCAGCCAUCAACUUGAUCAUGUGAAGUUGCUGGGCUAUCUGAAAUACACUUUGGACCAGUAUGUGGAGAGUGACUAUACCUUAGUGUAUCUGCACCAUGGCCUGACCAGUGAGAAUAAGCCAUCACUGAGCUGGCUGCGGGAUGCCUAUCGGGAAUUCGACCGCAAAUACAAAAAGAACAUCAAAGCAUUGUACAUUGUACAUCCAACUAUGUUCAUCAAGACACUACUGAUUCUCUUCAAGCCCUUGAUCAGCUUUAAGUUUGGGCGGAAGAUUUUCUAUGCAAACUACUUGAGUGAUCUGGAGGAGCAUGUGAAGCUGGAGCAGCUGGGGAUCCCAAGCCAGGUGCUAAAGUAUGAUGAAUAUCUGAGAUCACUGCAAAAGCCCUCCCAAGUGCCUCAGAAGACAACCCCACCUCGCCCUCCCCUGCCAAACCAGCAGUUUGGAAUCUCUCUCCAGCACUUAAGGGAGAAGAGCUCAGACCAGAACCCCAUUCCUCUGGUGGUCAGGGAAACAACUGGGUACCUACAGGAGCAUGCUCUCACCACAGAGGGGAUUUUCCGGCGAUCAGCAAACACACAGACUGUCAAAGAAGUUCAGCAAAAAUACAACAUGGGACUGCCUGUGGACUUCUUGCAGUAUGAGGAUGUGCACCUCCCAGCUGUGAUACUUAAGACUUUCUUGCGGGACCUCCCUGAGCCACUCCUUACCUUUGGUCUCUAUGACGAUGUUGUCAGUUUCUACAAUGUGGAGGAAGAGAAACGUGUGGAUGUUGUUCGCAAAACACUCCAAACUCUCCCAGAGGAAAACUACCAAGUCCUGUGUUCACUGAUGACCUUCCUUGGGCAGGUCUCUGCUCACAGUGAUAUCAACAAGAUGACCAACGCUAACUUGGCAGUGGUUUUUGGCCCAAACCUGCUCUGGGCCAAAGAUGCAGCUAUAACCCUCAAAGCCAUCAAUCCUAUCAACACCUUCACCAAGUUUCUACUGGACAACCAGAAGGAGCUUUUUGAAAACAUGGAGGCUUGACCCACAACCUGCCAGUUCUAGCACACCAUGUGUCCACUGUGACCACCUUCUUCUCUGUCCCUCCCCCUUUCCUAUUCUACCUUGUCUUGGAGCCAUGGCCAAAUCUGUGGGAGCUCCAGAUGAUGAGCAGGGUGAAAGAAGGCUGUGGAGAUGGUACCGUCAAGGAAAUAUGUGUGCUGUGAGAGAUGGUCAAGUGGGGUGGGAAGCUGGCCUCCCCAUCCAUGGGAAAGGAGCCCUGCUAUGGCUGUAUCAGGGAUGUAAGCAACCAGGAUCCUUUUAAAUGCUACUGUUUCCUCUCUCUUUCUUUCAUGAGUUGCUCUCCUCAAAUGAGUCUCAGUGGACCCCAGCAGAACCAUUUCUUCAGUGUUUCUAUGAUUGCUUGGGUCAAAUGCAUGUUCCUGCAGUGUGCCUGGCAAGGAGGAAUCCAUUUCAAUUCCUGUUCUCUGCCAAGAGUUGGUUCUCCAGGUUACCCAAAUUAGGCGAGUCUUGAACUUCUGAGCAACCCCUUAUUUUCAAAGGCUGCUGAGCACAACAUAUGUCCUCAUUUUGACAGAAGAACUGAAUCCUAGUCAUAGGGUGUACUUAGGCUGUGGCACCUUGCUAGAGAACUGGGAAUAUGCAGUCACCUUACUCAUGCAGAGAGCAGUUUGUCCAUUUUAUGGGCUGAAGCUCUCACUGCAAGUGCUGUUAAUAAGUUUCCCUCAGUUUGGUCACCACUUUCCAAUAUUGUGGAGUUCUUUUUUUUCUGUUUUGCCAUGCCUUUCAGCAAAGGCUGUUCCUGCCACCAAAGCUUUUCUCCAAACUCUUUCAAGCUUUUUCUCUUAAUUGGAUGUGUGUGUUUUCUGACCAGUGAGUCAGUGGGGAUCAUGCAGGGGAUAUGCACCCUGGUGGUACUGGGCCCCCAAGCUGCCAUAGCCCAAAUUAAACACUGCCGUUCUUCUAAAGCACAGGCACCCUAUUUACUGACAGCCCUCCCCAUUGGGAUUAGAGUGUCUGCCAGCAAAGGGCUGGUAAUUGAGGCCAAACAUCAUGCAGGAAUCUUUUGGCCCUGUAUGCUGCACUGUCUUGUGUCAAAGCUGAGUUUCCCCAUUCAAGUAAAGUUGUCAGCCUUGAUUCUCUAACAUUGUUUGAGUGGAUCUGAUGUACGCUUUGUUUCCUUGGCAUUUGGAGAAGAAGCAUGGACUGGCCUUUUUCCAACCUGCAAGAAGUGGUGUAAUCUGCUGUAUAGUCAGAUGGUUCUUUGCAUAUGUGAACUGUUCUUUCUUUAGAUCAGGAAGUUUAGCCAGUCUUGACUUGCUCUAGGCACAGAUGUUCCAAGCCAAUCUGGUUUUUAUAAAACAGCUGUUUCCUGCUUGGACCUAUGGCAGUCUCUGCUUUUUAUUAGGACAAAAAGGUACAUGUUCAUGGUGUCUCGCUUUCAACUGUCUUAGGGCUGUCUUGUCUGCAUCUAGCCCACAAAUAGACCUUGUAAAAUAGCAGUUCACAGGAUCGUGGAGAAAUGUAAAAGCACUGCAUACAAACUUAGAACUGUGACAAAUUACCAAUGAACACUAUCAAGGGCAACAUUCCAUAGCUCCACUACUGGCUGCAACUGUUGCUUUGGCAUUAUUUAGAAUUACUUUAAAAGGGGAUUUCUGCAGUGACGAAUUUACCAAGAAUAACAAGAUAAAGGUUUGAAAAGGUCAGGAUGGGCUUGCUCAUCCUGCACAAGACACAGGAUCAAGACUUGUGAAGACAACUGUAAGGUUAGUUUCAAGCCUAGAAGAGCUCAUUCUACUUUUGGUAGGGAUCCUGAUUUUCUGUGUAAAUGAGACAUAAAGAGCUUUUGCCAGAAAUGCUAAAUGACAAUAUGGGCUUGCCAAGAGCAAGUGUUUCUUGCUCAGGAUACAUCUUAGCAUGAUUAAAUAGGGUAGUUGCUUGUUUGGUUUUGCUUUUUAGUUGCUUGUUUUGCUGCCUAGCUCACAAUUGCUACCUUUCAUGGCAUAGCUUAGUGAAUCUAGGCUUGGACCUCUGACCCUGUUCCAAGCUACUGGGAUGUUGGGUUGCUUGCCCUUCUUCAGAACUACUGGGGGGAAAGGAAAGGCUGAAGGUUCUCAUUGAAACAUGCAGUCCAGGCAGUUGAGGGCUAAGGAUUCCAGGUAUGGUCACUGCUGCCUAGCUCCUAGGAUGUACAGCAAGGCUGGUGCAACUUGGAAACAACCAUAAUUCAGGUAGGAGGCAGAGUGUUUUGGGUAAGCAUUGGUAACAUUUCUGCAAAUUCCUUUAAAAAGUAUGAUUUUUUUCUCCUACUGCUAUAUUGCAGACUUCUGUAUUACUGUGUGCUGCAUACAAUGAAAGUGCAUUCACAAAACCCUGGAAAUAAGCCUGUGUAAAUAGCUGUUUCUUUCCCUGCUGAACCAGAAACAUGUGCAUGGUAGUGGUGUCUUCUUUGCCUAAUCUAUUUCUCAUUGCUGCCUUUUCCAAAUCUGUUUCCAGUGUGACUGUUCUGCAGUGCUGUGUGCUAAACCUGGAUGCACCCCUAGUAAAAGUCUGGGGUUUUGCCAGUUAGCUCUGAACGGCAUUUUCCUCCAUGUUUUGAAUGUGUGUGCUGUCUGGAUCAGGGUGGUAGGCAGCCAAGCCAGCCACUGGAAUUGCUGGAGGAUUAGCAUCCCAUUGGGCCAGUUGUGCUCUUUCUCCCCUUCUGUUGAUGUAAUAGGCUGAUAACUGGCCAGAUGGCCAUGGCUACAUACAGCAUCCUCUGUCCUCCUGUAAGCUUCCAGUGAUACAUCUGCCCAGGCCUCCUUUGCUGCUUGCUCUCAUGGUUGUUAAUGGCUCCAAUGCUUCUGUGAGUGGAGCACUUUGUCUCUAUACUUUGCUCGACUGCUAAAGCCUUUGUGAACACAUUGUGUGCCCUCAGCUUUUGCAGUCAGUCUGGUGUAUGUACUGGGAACAGAGUUCUUGAGUGAUGCAGCUGAGGCCAAUUGGAUGCCUUACGGUAACUGUAUCUUUGCUGGUCAGCAGAGGAAUUGAUGGCCAAAUGACCCCUGGUUGCGUACUCUAGCAGUGGGGCCCCUAUGCGCAGUUUACAGCUUUGCUUUUUGUUGAUAUUAUCUUCCGCAUUCUACAUUCUCAUGAUUGAUGUUUAUUGGGUACAGGGCUGGGGGUUUUACUGUGACAUUAAUUCACAGCCAUGUUUAUUUCCUUCUAAAUUGUACCAAUCUUGUUAUUUCACAGUUUGCACUUUUUGUACUUCAAUAAAAACCCAAAGCCAAU